UAAAGAGUCAUUUUAAAGAAACCGAACGAAUCGUCAGCGAGUCAUUUUUUGUUUGUUUGUUUUACAGCUGAUUUGAAGUGAAUAAUCAUGACAGAGAGCUCUCGUUUCACCGAGGCGGAUUACUAUCAGGCGUGUUUUGACUCCAGAGCCUACAUGAAUAAUUUUUAUUGUCGUCCAGAAGGACACUCAGAGGAGAAGAAUUAUCUUACUUUCGUGUUAGGGUGCCUAAGCAGGACUUUUUCGACUGGCCAGUACAAAGGGCGGAGUCUGAUUGAAGUGGGAAGCGGACCGACAAUUCACACCGUAAUCAGUGCGUGCGAGCACUUCGAGGAGCUCGUGCUGUCUGAUUUUGUAGACAAGAAUCGCGAAGAAAUCAGGAAAUGGGUACAGAAUGAGGAAGGGUGCUUUGACUGGAAGCCCAUCAUUGAAUAUGUGUGUGAAAUGGAUGGUAAAAGCUCCUCGGACGUGGAAGUGAAACUGAGACAGCGGGUGAAACAAGUGCUGAAAUGUAACGUCCUCUCAGAAAAUAUUUUCUAUCCAGAGAGCAUUGAACCAGCAGAGUGUGUGAUAACAUCCCUAUGUCUUGAGGCAGCGUGUAAAGACCUACAAUCUUACAGAGAUGCGUUGUGUAGAGUGGCAAAGCUGCUUCGUCCAGGUGGAGCUCUGGUGAUGGUUGGGGUUUUAGGAGAGACGUUCUACUGUGUUGAUCAAAUCCGUUUCUCCUGCCUCAAAAUAAGCAAAGCAAAUGUUGAAGAUAUUCUCAGAAACCUAGACUUCACUGUGCAGGAAUUUAACAUUUUUCUAGCACAAGAUCGGGAGAACAACAAAGUUUCAGAUUUUGAAGCUUUUUUCUUUCUUGUCGCUCUGAAGUCUACCAAGACCAUUUAGGCAUGCGCCACUAGGCUAGCUGGUUAUAAGACAUACUGCUUCACAGUUGAUGUCAACAUGGAGACUAUGUAAAUGAAAUCUUUUUACUUAUAAAUAAAUAAAUACAAAACUAACCCCAUAAUUGUCUGUUAGCUUUAAAUAUAAGCAUAUAACUUAUCUAACAUGGAUACUUAAAUAGCUGCUUUUGUUAGCUCAUUAUUUCUAAUUUGAAUCUGAAAGUAGCAAGCAAAUCCCAUGCUUAGUACACUAAAAUGAAUGACCCAAUGAAUGCUGUAAUUUAUGACCAUGAAGUUUCCCAUGCCGUUCAAGUUGAUCAGCUAGAAAUAACACAAUGCCGAAGAGGUCUGGCUCAUUUUUUAUAAGUUAAAGCAUUUUUAUUUCUAAAAUCAAGUUUGGGAGCAAAUUUUUUCCACACCUUUUUAUAUUGCUACUAGCAUUUUGCUCAGAAAUGAAUGGAAAUGAGCUAUUGCGGUUUAAGCCGAGUGUGAAGUAAAAUGUGACUAAUAGGAUGUAUUGUAAAAACAUGAUCAGUCACAUCGCUUUUAUAACACAUUUAUCUUGUAAAAUUGAUGUAAUAAUGCAAUAUUUUCUUGUAAUGAUUCAAUAUUUUUCUCGUUAUAAUGAGAUGCUGCUGGUGUUUUUUUCCAUGUGUGACAGCACAGAGCUUCUGUAAUUUAGAGUGAUGCAAUAAAUUAUGAUUUUUUUUG